GAUCUUGUGAACCAAAGCCCAAGCCCAUACCUGACGUGGUAAGGUAUUCCCCUAUUAAAAACUCCAUUGGCGUCAUUUGCGUUCUCUGUUUCUCCCAACUUUUUUAUUACACGAACACGAACAAAAGAGAACCCUAAGCUUGUUCCACUGCCUUAAAACGAAUCCACAAUCUCGUCAACGAAAGGAGCAUCUUUUCGCAUUUCAACCGUUCAACUAAUCGAAUUCCAUGGCUGGGAGAAUCAUUGCGCAGUUCAUUGUGAUGGGGACUGGGAUAUUAGGUCGUGCUGUCUUUCAAGCUUAUCGUCAGGCCAUUGCAAAUGCGUCUAAAACUGGAGUUGCGCAGGAAGCAAUGCAGAACGCAGUACGUAAAGCAGGGAAAGCCAUUAAUGAGCAAGAGGCUAGGCAGAUUCUCGGUGUAACUGAGCAUACCUCUUGGGAAGAGAUCUUACAGAAAUACGACAAGCUGUUUGAGAAUAACGCCAAAGCUGGGAGCUUUUACCUUCAAUCUAAAGUUCUUCGAGCCAAAGAGUGUCUUGAAGUUGUGUACAGGAGCAACGGUACACCUAGUUAAGACUUUAAUCUCUUCUUUUUAACAGAUUCAGAGUUCUUGCUCUUUGUGUAAAAUCAAAGGCUACAUAGCACUGUUCUUUGAGAUGAUAUGUAACUCUGAAGAACUGUCAUAGUCUUCUUCUUCACUCAUUUUUCAGUUGAUUAGUAGUGUUAGAGAACCUCUUAAACUUAGAAUGGAUUGUUCUUCUAUGCGUGUAUGUUGUUUCACUCCGAA